GGCGUCCGAGGUGGCGGGGCUGGGACAGAGGUCCGCGUCUGAGGCUAGCGCGGCGGUGGGGCUGGCCCUGGACUCGCGGCCGCCGAGGGGUCCCAGGGGACUCCCGAGGCCCUGUCCCUGGGCCUCAGUGCUUUCAGCUGGAGCAGAAGCGACUGGAAGGCAGACCAGCCACCAUGUCGUCGUUCCGACAGGAAGACGUGGAGGACCACUAUGAGAUGGGCGAGGAGCUGGGCAGUGGCCAGUUCGCCAUYGUGCGGAAGUGCCGGCAGAAGGGCACUGGAAAGGAGUAUGCGGCCAAGUUCAUCAAGAAGCGCCGCCUGGCGUCCAGCCGGCGUGGUGUCAGCCGGGAGGAGAUCGAGCGGGAGGUGAGCAUCCUGCGGGAGAUUCGGCACCCCAACAUCAUCACUCUGCAUGACGUCUUUGAGAACAAGACGGACGUGGUGCUCAUCCUGGAGCUGGUCUCUGGUGGGGAGCUCUUUGACUUCCUGGCAGAGAAGGAGUCGCUGACCGAGGACGAGGCCACCCAGUUCCUCAAGCAGAUCCUGGAUGGCGUUCACUACCUUCACUCCAAGCGCAUCGCUCAUUUCGACCUUAAGCCAGAAAAUAUCAUGCUUCUGGACAAGAAUGUGCCUGACCCCCGGAUCAAGCUCAUCGACUUCGGCAUUGCCCACAAGAUUGAAGCAGGGAAUGAGUUCAAGAACAUCUUCGGCACCCCGGAGUUUGUGGCUCCUGAGAUUGUCAACUAUGAGCCCCUGGGCCUGGAGGCAGACAUGUGGAGCAUUGGCGUCAUCACCUACAUCCUCCUUAGUGGCGCGUCCCCAUUCCUGGGUGAGACCAAGCAGGAGACCUUGACCAACAUCUCGGCCGUGAACUACGACUUCGACGAGGAGUACUUCAGCAGCACCAGCGAGCUGGCCAAGGACUUCAUCCGCCGGCUGCUGGUCAAAGAUCCCAAGAGGAGAAUGACCAUCGCCCAGAGCCUGGAGCAUUCCUGGAUCAAGGCCAUCCGGCGGCGCAAUGUCCGCAGUGAGGACAGCAGCAAGAAGCCUGAGCGGCGGCGCCUGAAGACCACGCGGCUCAAGGAGUACACCAUCAAGUCGCACUCGAGCAUGCCGCCCAACAACACCUACGCCAACUUCGAGCGCUUCUCCAAGGUGCUGGAGGAGGUGGCGGCYGCCGAGGAGGGGCUGCGUGAGCUGGAGCGCGGCCGCCGGCUGUGCCGUGAGGACGUGGAGGCGCUGACGGCCAUCUACGAGGAGAAGGAGGCCUGGUACAAGGAGGAGAGCGACAGCCUGGGCCAGGACCUGAGGCGGCUGCGGCAGGAGCUGCACAGGACGGAGGCGCUGCAGCGGCAGGCGCAGGAGGAGGCCAGGGGUGCCCUGCUGGGGGCCAGCGGGCUCAAGCGCCGCUUCAGCCGCCUCGAGAACCGCUACGAGGCGCUGGCCAAGCAGGUGGCCUCCGAGAUGCGCUUUGUGCAGGACCUGGUGCGCGCCCUGGAGCAGGAGAAGCUGCAGAGCGGGGAGUGCAGCCUGCGCUAGCGGCCUGGUCAUCCCUCUGCAGCCCAGGGUCACGCCGGCCUGGCCGCCACCCAGGCCACCCUCUCCUCAGGGGAACUCCCUCCCCUGUGGCCAGGGCCUUAGCUUCUGCAGCAGGCUUGGACAGGGCCACCGCCCAGAUGGCACUGGCGACGGUGGGUGUCGUGGCCUCGAGCACUGCCUGGUGGUGGGGGUGGCGGCCAGGUCCCAGGACCACCUUGGGCCCCUGAGCAGGCAGGCAGAAGCUGACAGCCUGGAGUGGUGUUUGUCCGUGGGUUCAUGCUGGGCAGCGGGCCCCAUCCUGUCCAGCAGGUGGCUCUUGAGCCCCAAUCAGCCCUGUCCACAAAUGCUUGCCCCACUGUGUGACGGGCCUGGCCUUGUGCUGUGUCCUGAUGAUCAAGUGGGCUGUGACUGAUGCCCUUCCCGCUGGUCUGGCCUGGCGCAGCCGCACAGUUCUAUARCCCCAGUGGCUUUGGAGGCUGAGGCAGGAGGAUGCAAGUUCAAAGCCAGCCUCAUCAGCUUAGUGAGACCCUGUCUC